UCUUAUCAGUGGUUCCAAAUGUCCAUGUUGUGGAAUUAAAGUGAAGUGACGAAUUAACAAAAAAACGCGAGUUGGCAAGGGGGCGAAUUGUCAUUCAUAAAUGAGUGAUUGCCCUUUGAAAGAAACCCGCCAUUAAGUUGAGCUGACAAACGAAAUAGUGGUCUUUAUAUGAUAUUUUGAUCUAUCUCAAAACAAGUGAAAAAUGCAAAACAUAAGAAUGCACACUGGAGAAAAAUUAUUUACGUGCAAGUUGUGUGAUAUCAAAUUCAGCACAAUGAGUAACCUAAAAAGACACAUGACAAAACAACAUACCCGAGGAAAACAAUUUCAAUGUAACUUUUGUGAUGGUACAUUCACCAAAAAAGGUGGUCUAAAGCAACACCUGCCAAUACAUACUGGAGAAAAACCUUACAAAUGUGAUGUGUGUGAUAGUUCAUUCAGGCUUAAGUGUUAUCAAAGGAAACACAUGAGAAAACAUACUGGAGAAAAACCAUAUAAGUGUGAUGAAUGUAAUAGCACUUUUAGUCAAAAAGGUAGUCUUGAUACUCAUGCUAGAAUACAUACUGGAGAAAAGCCAUUUAAGUGUAAUGUAUGUGACUCGGCAUUUAGCGACAAUAGUAGCCUUAGGCGACACCUUAGAAUACAUACUGGAGAAAAAACAUUUAAAUGUGAUGAUUGUCAUAGUACAUUCGGUCACAAAAGUCAUCUGACAGAACACAUGCGAAUACAUACUGGAGAAAAAACAUUUUUAUGUAAUGUAUGCAAUUGUACUUUCAUUUCAAAGAGUAAACUUUAACGACACAUGCGAAUACAUACCGGAGAAAAACCGUUUAAAUGCAAGUUAUGUGAUGAUGCAUUCACUAGAGCGAGUAGUCUGAAGCAACAUAUGAGGAUACAUACUGGAGAAAAACCAUAUAAAUGUAAUGUAUGUGAUAGUUUAUUUAAUCAAGCAAGUUUUCUAAAGAAACACAUGAAAAUACAUAUUGCAGAAAGAACAUUUUUAUGCAGUUCAUGUAAUUGUACCUUGAGUUCAAUGAGUUCACUGAAACGUCAUUUGAGAAUACAUACUGGAGAAAAACCAUUUAAAUGUGAUGAAUGUAAUAGUACAUUCAGUCAAAAAGGUAGUCUGACAGAACACAUGAGAAUACAUACUGGAGAAAAACCAUAUAAAUGUGAUGUAUGUGAUAAAGCAUUCAGACAAACAGGCAAUCUGAAAGUACACAUGAGAAUUCAUAUAGCAGAAAAAACAUUGUCUUUAUAUGAUAUUUUGAUCUAUCUCAAAACAAGUGAAAAAAUGCAAAACAUAAGAAUGCACACUGGAGAAAAACUAUUUACGUGCAAGUUGUGUGAUAUCAAGUUCAGCAGAAUGAGUAACCUAAAAAGACACAUGAGGCAACAACAUACCCGAGAAAAACAAUUUCAAUGUAACUUUUGUGAUGGUACAUUCACCACAAAGAGUAAUCUAAAGCAACACCUGACAAUACAUACUGGAGAAAAACCUUACAAAUGUGAUGUGUGUGAUAGUUCAUUCAGCCUAAAGUGUUAUCAAAGGAAACACAUGAGAAAACAUACUGGAGAAAAACCAUAUAAGUGUGAUGAAUGUAACAGCACUUUUAGUCAAAAAGGUAAUCUUAAUACUCAUGCAAGAGUACAUACUGGAGAAAAACCAUAUAAAUGUGAUAAAUGUAAUAGCACUUUUAGUCAAAAAGGUAGUCUUAAUACUCAUGCGAGAAUACAUACUGGAGAAAAGCCAUUUCAAUGUAAUGAAUGUUAUAGUACAUUCAAUCAAAAACGGUAUCUGACAGAACACAUGAAAAUACAUACAGGAGAAAAACCAUAUACAUGUGAUAUUUGUAAUAGUGCUUUCAUUUCAAAGAGUAAUCUUAAGCGACACAUGCAAAUACAUACCGGAGAAAAACCGUUUAAAUGUGAUGAAUGUAAUAGCACAUUUGGUUUAAAAAUUCGUCUGACUGAACAUAUGAGAAAACAUAUUGGUGAAAAACCAUUUUUAUGUUAUGUUUGUAAAAAAGCUUUCAUUUCAAAGAGUAAUCUUAAGCGACACAUGCAAUUACAUACCGGAGAAAAACCAUUUAAAUAUGAUGAUUGUUAUAGCACAUUUGGUCAAAAAAGUUCUUUGACAGAACAUAUGAGAAAACAUACUGGAGAAAAACCAUUUUUAUGUUAUGUAUGUAAUAGUGCUUUCUUUUCAAAGAGUAUUAUUGAGCGACACAUGCGAAUACAUACUGGAGAAAAACCAUUUAAAUGUGAUAAAUGUUACAGUGCAUUUGGUCAAAAAUGUUCCUUGACAGAACACUUGAGAAUACAUACAGGAGAAAAACCGUUUAAAUGUGAUGUUUGUUAUAUUACUUUCAUUUCUAAGAGUAAUCUUAUGCAACACAAGCGAAUACAUACCGGAGAAAAACCAUUUAGAUGCGAUGAAUGUUACAGUGCAUUUGGUCAAAAAUGUUCUUUGACAGAACACGUGAGAAUACAUACAGGAGAAAAAACCGUUUAAAUGUGAUGUAUGUUAUAUUACUUUCAUUUCUAAGAGUAAUCUUAAGCGACACAUGCAAAUACAUACUGGAAAAAAAACAUUUAAAUGUGAUGAAUGUUACAGUACAUUUGGUCAAAAAAUUCAUCUGACAAAACAUAUGAGAAAACAUACUGGAGAAAAACCAUUUUUAUGUUAUUUGUAAUAAUACUUUUAUCUCAAAGAGUAAUCUUGAGCAACACAUGCAAAUACAUACUGGAAAAAAAACAUUUAAAUGUACUGAAUUGGUGUAAUAGUACAUUCGGUCAAAAAAGUUAUUUGACAGAACAC